AUGAUCAUCAUCGUUUUCUUUCUUCUUUUUGUUGGUAAUACUCAUACGGGUAUUAUUCAAGUAUUUAAUUCAUCAAGUUUAAAUGAAACUGAAAUUAGUCAACCACUUGUCAUAUAUAAUAAUGAUAAUGAAACGGCAUCAAAUGAUAAUCAAUCAUCAAUUCAAAUAAUCGAUAAAAAUCAAUUUGCUGAAACUGUUGUCGAUUUAUUAUUGGAUCUUUUAGAAAAAGCAAAUCUAUCUCGUACUGUAUCUAUCAUACAUAAUGAUACAGAAUUAAAUGAACUUGUCGAACAAGAUGAUAUUGAUUUACAAACAACGACUAUUAAAUUAACUGAUCCAUAA